AUAGUUACACGCUACUGUAUGUAGAUGUUGCUACCAUAUGCAGAGAUGUAUUGGCGAGGCGACAGCAUUUCCAAACAAUUUCUCCGGGACUCCCAAUUUGUAGUUCAACUUGGUGUUUGGCAACUUGGCACGCGGGCAGCCAUGCCCCUGCCCCGCUGGCAUUCUAAACAAAUUGGAGUUGUUUUAGCAAGCUGUCAUAGUGGCGUUUCAACGGUGAAUUCCCGGGGCCCAGCGGAACAUAAACACCCAGGGAACGCUGGAACAUGUCAGCUUGUCUGUAAAAGUCUCGCCGGGAGACAAGACCAAAUCCAAAAUCUGAAAGACUCCCGUCACGCUCAUGUGAACUAAUGAACCCGUCCGUAUUCUGCAAGUCUGCAAGUUGAAUGCACGUUUGAAGCGAGUUCUGCUUCCGCUGUGUCACGUUCCAAUUCAGGUUCAAGUUCUAUUCCAGAUGAAGCGUUAAGUGGCUAUACAGCUGCACGGCGAGAUGGCCUUUACGAUCAGUACGUCUUCAAUAGUGACGGCCUCCGGCGGGCCCACCGACGAGCGUCUGAAAGCUGAAGGGCGAGUACACGCGGAGGUCUCAAGUUGCCAAUUUGUGUGUGCGUGUCGAUGCGAAGUGGGGGCCACCCAAUACGGGAUAAAAUUAGGCCAGGCCGUCCUUAUUUUUUGCUGACAGAGCAGGAGCGGCCCAAAAAAAGACUGCGGCGCUGCAAAGCCAGCGAGAAGGAAAGAGAGGAGAGCGAGCGGGACCUCCGGCGAAAUGGCCAGCAAACUCUGUUCCAGCUGAGCGCCGUCACGGUGCUGUCGCACGUUUGCUUGGGCGUCAUGUGCGUCACCUUCCCCCUGCGCCUCUACUACAAGCUGCUGGAGCUGCUGCGCUGCAACCCCGGCCUGCGCCCCUUCCAGUCGUAUCUGGACUACGACGGCUCUCUGACGGACGAGGAGACGGCGAUGCUGGUGGAGGAGCUGGUGCUGCUGCUGGCGUUCGCCGUCACAGAGCUCAAGCGUCUCCUUUUUAUUGACAACGUGAUGGACUCGCUCAAGUUUGUUUUGCUGCUGUACCUGCUGACUUACGUGGGCGUCCUCACCGCCGGCCUGACUCUCGUCAUAACCGCUGUCAUUGCUCUUUUUUCCUUUCCUCUGCUCUACAAAAAACAGCAGGUAAGGAUAAGGAGGAUGGUCAGAGCUUGCAAAACUUUUCAGAAGAAAAUCAAAAGCUGGUGUCUCGGGCUGCGCCACGCAGUCGGAUCGGCUCGCGCGCCGGCCGCCGCCACCAAAAGCGCCCCAAACGUGCCGGCCUCCAAACAGAAAGUGAAGGCAAAGUAAGGAGAGCACGCAGCACGUGUAGACGGGAUGGGGACGGCGACGGCGCUGCCGCCGCAUCCUGCGCCGUGACGUUGCUUUUGUUUGCUUUUACGUUUUGUUCCCCCCCCGUAUCACUGGUGAUGAAGGGAGAAAAGAAAAGAGAAUUUUGCCUGCUUUUACGUUACAAACGUUAAAAACGCUUUUUUUCCCCCCCUGGGCUGUUGUUCCUUUUCUUCUGUAAUAAAAAGCAACAAAAGGUGUAAUAUUUGA